UUCAAAUCUUCAUAUUCUGAAGUUGAAAUAAGACAUUCAAACCCUGAUCUGGAAAAUUCAUCAAAAUCGUUCUUCCUCAGCGAUCCAUUCCUUCUCUCGCAAGUUUCCGAUCAGAUUUCAUCAACCGCUGCAUUUCAACGGGUUAACCAAUGUCAACUCAAAAGGGAAGCAUGGAGAGCGGAACAAGUAGGAAACGCAUGAAACCUGAGGUCGAAGAAAAGGCUGUAGAUGAAGCAGAAUCACAUGCUAUAGUACAGAAGGAAGAAUUUGAGAUGAAUGUUACUGGAUCUGAAGAAAUGGAACUCAAUAUCUCUCUUAUUGUUGAGAAGAUUGAGAAUUUUACUCAGAGGGUAUCUGAGCUCCUUGAAUCUGGGAAAACAAUGCUUAAGGAGCUAAUCAAUGAUUUUGAAGAGAAACUGAUUAUGAUUCAUAAGGAGCAAGUUGAAAAGUGGCAGGAAGAAAUCAAAGAAUUACGUGCACUUGAUGCCUCGAACGAGGAAGCCAAUGGUCUUCUGCAUAAUGCUCGAUAUGUACUUCAGCUCACUCGUAAUGAUGACUGAAAGGGUUUUUCCAACUUCUGCUGAUUAAGUGAAUAUUCAUACUCUAUAUGAUAUGCCUUACCUUUUACCUGGAACCAAUUUGUGCUGUUCAAAGUAAUCUCUUUACAUUAGUAAUCAUAGAAUAGAAUAAGAUAUAUGUUCAAAAUGACAAGAAAGAUUUUCAAAUUUAAUGUUCCUUUGUUGGUGGCAAGUUCAAAUUUAAUGUUCCUUUGUUAGAUAGACGUAUAUAUAAGGAAUGCUUCUUACUCUCUCAUACUUAAUGAGUUUCUCUUAAUAUUUGAAGAUUUGCU